GCCCGGUGUGGCUGUCGGGAGUUUCUUUUCUAGGUAUAACAGACUAUAAACUUAAAAAAAAGAGAGAGAGAGAAACCAGCAAAGAUGGGUGAAAAGAAACCAGAGCCUUUGGACUUCGUGAAAGACUUUCAGGAGUACCUGACCCAGCAGACCCACCAUGUGAACAUGAUCUCCGGCUCGGUUAGCGGGGACAAGGAGGCCGAGGCUCUCCAGGGAGCUGGAACAGAUGGUGACCAAAAUGGACUUGAUCACCCAUCUGUUGAAGUGUCUCUGGAUGAAAACUCAGGAAUGUUAGUGGACGGGUUUGAAAGGACCUUUGAUGGCAAGCUCAAGUGUCGGUACUGCAACUAUGCCAGCAAAGGGACAGCCCGGCUCAUUGAACACAUCAGGAUCCACACAGGUGAGAAGCCUCAUAGAUGUCAUUUGUGUCCAUUUGCAUCUGCUUAUGAGCGUCACCUGGAAGCCCAUAUGCGCUCCCAUACUGGAGAGAAACCGUACAAAUGUGAACUGUGCUCCUUCCGCUGUAGUGAUCGCAGUAACCUGUCCCAUCACCGAAGGCGCAAACAUAAGAUGGUACCGAUUAAAGGUACCAGGUCUUCCUUAACCACCAAGAAAAUGUGGGGGGUUUUACAGAAGAAAACAGGCAAUUUGGGGUAUAGCAGAAGAGCGUUAAUCAACUUAAGUCCACCUUCCAUGGUGGUCCAGAAACCAGACUACCUUAACGACUUUACCCACGAAAUCCCCAAUAUCCAGACUGAUUCCUAUGAAAGCAUGGCAAAGCCCACUCCAACUGGUGGCCUCCCGAGGGACCCCCAAGAACUCAUGGUUGACAACCCUUUAAAUCAGCUCUCUACUCUAGCAGGGCAGCUGUCCAGUUUGCCUCCUGAAAACCAAAACCCGGAGUCCCCAGAUGUGGUCCCGUGCCCUGACGAAAAGCCUUUCCUGAUCCAGCAGCCCUCCGCCCAGGCAGUAGUCUCUGCCGUGUCGGCAAGUGUUCCUCAGAGCUCCUCUCCCACGAGCCCCGAGCCGCGGCCAUCGCAUGGCCCACGGAACUUCAGUCCAGUGGCAGGGCCGAGCAGUGAACCAAGUGCCCACACGAGUACUCCCAGCAUAGGAAACAGCCAGCCGAGCACUCCGGCCCCAACCCUGCCAGUCCAGGACCCUCAGCUGCUGCACCACUGCCAGCACUGUGACAUGUACUUUGCAGACAACAUCCUCUACACCAUCCACAUGGGAUGCCAUGGGUAUGAAAACCCUUUCCAGUGUAAUAUAUGUGGGUGCAAGUGUAAAAACAAGUAUGACUUUGCCUGUCAUUUUGCAAGAGGACAGCAUAGCCAGCACUGAUCAGAACAUUGUCACAUCAUGUUCUACUUGGUUUUGCCUUUUCGUCUUUCGUAGUUUGGUUGUUUUUGUUUUGUUUGGUCAUCCCUAGUAAGAUGUCGGCUAAUUUAAAUUCAUACAUUAUAUUUAUAUACUAUAAAUUUGACAGUGGAAAAUUUUCUUCCAAUUUUUUUCCAUAAAAAUGUGGCUUGGUUGCUUACAUAUUAGCACAGUUAGAUACACUGAGGUCUCCGUUUGUGUAGAAGUGAGGAUUGGAGUUCAGUCGUAACCUCAUUAGGCGUUCAUUCCCACCUCUGACCCGGAAGGACUUCCUCGGUCAAUCCGUGCUCUCAUUGUUUCUAUACAUUGCAGCUAAAAUGCUACUUCUGCCGUAUUUCAACAUUAGAGAAUAUUUUCUCUUAUAAGAUCUGUUACAACUUUUUUUUUCAGUAUUUAGCAAAGAAAUUGUUCUUAGGGUUGCUCUUAACUGAAAGACUUUUUGGUUCACGUAAGUGAGGCUGAGUCACUGGUUUCAUUUCAGCUGAUGACAUUGAAGCUAUCAGUGUGGUAAAAAAAAAUGUCUUACAAGAGGAAAUAUGAAAUAUUGACAUAAAAGUUCUACAAGGAAGUUGCACUCCAGACUUUAGAAAUUGAAAAUGAUGUUUCUUCAAUUUCUGGUUUAAGCACAUGGCAAACAUUAUUACUUGUUUUUAACGCGUCCAACUUCUUUUUAAAACCACAGGUAGUGCUAAAUGCCUUUUUCCCUCUUUCAGUUUGAACCUUUCAUUUAAUCCUUCAUUCUGACAAAUGAUGUUCAGUCAGUAAGCAACGCUAGUGAGAAUCUGUUAUGUUCUGUUUCUUUGAUGACCAAAGAGGUACAGUCACCGUCUUAUUAAAAUACAGUCCUUCCUAGGGGAAAACAAACUGUACGAGUUUCCUUUUUCUGCUUUCUAUACGUUUAUUGUGUAAUUUCCAAGAAACGCAACGGAGAAGGUGACGGAGAAGUGGCAUCUGCAUAAAUAACGACGUGGAUUCUGAUGUCUGCCUCACAGGUGGCCAUUUCAAUGCUUUCUGUGAAUCCAAACUCUAAUCUUUCCAGUUGUACCACUCUUCAUGUACAGUUAUAGCACUGUAUGGGAACUGUGAUGAAAUUGUCGCCUUAGUAGGAAAGGGUCAAAACUUGUGGUAAUAGAUAUAAACUACAUUUAAACAUGGUGUUUAUAAAAAGACUUAUUAAAUCCAGAGGAAUUCAUUUUGAAGAGGUUAUUGUUUUUCUAUUGUAUGAUAACUAGCUUACUGUUGAGAGUUGGUCAAACAAUAAAAUAGAUUGCUAACUUGGUUUCUUGUACUUUGCAAAAAUCCUAGCUUAAAUUUGAUUCAUAUCUUGAAAAUAUGAAUUGGCCUCUUGAGAAUUUCCCAGUUAAUAAGCAUUUUUUAACCAAAAAAGGACCUCGCUAUUACAGGAAAUAAGAAGGCCAUAUUGGUGAUAUGUGCCCAUAAACCCCAAGUGCCAAGGUCAUGGAUCCUUUACCCUCCCUCCCGUGCUAAGAAGCCACGGAGAUGCGCUCUGCAUCCUCGUGGGUCAGGAGCAGCUGCAGGGACUCUCCAUGUGGACUCCUCGUCCAGGCCCGGGAACCCUAGCUGGUCCACCUGGCUUCAAACUGCCAGCAGCUCUGACCACUUCUAGUGCAACAAGUUCCACAUGUAUCACUGGCUCUAGUAUUUACCAGAUUGCCACAAAGAAACAAGCUGUCAUUUGGAAGCUUUCGCACAUUUAUUUUAUUAUAUUCAAAGAAAAGCAAUACUGCAAAAUAGAAAAAAAUUCAUUAAGCAAAGAGGAGAACUCUGGGUAAACCAACAUGUUGAUUGGGGCAGUGACAAAAGCAUUGUUUUUUGAACUAAAGGUGGUUGGUUUAGCGUUUUAACUUAGACAUGGGAGGUUUUUAUAAUUGCAGGCUAGAAUGUAGUCUUGUAAUUCGCCCAUUACUGAAAAGAGCACAGUUAAUAUUCCAAAGGUGUCAAUUCUGAAAAGCUAUAAUUGUAAAUGCACUAAAACUUUUGAAGCAGAUCUACCUUAAACUUUUUUGGUGUUGUACUUUCUAGAAGAUUUAGGGUUUUAUUUAAAUUUCCCUUUAGUUAAAUUCUGUACUUGGAAAGAUGUCAAUAUCUUCCCUUACAUAUUGAAUGUUUCUCAUUUUAUUUUUAAUUGAAUAUUUUAUAGAAAUGAGUUGCUGGGAGAAAUUUAACAUGCACUAUUUAUAGUAAUUUGCCAUUAAAAGGCAAUGUUGUGAAACUAAAUUUAUUUUUGUUCAGUGAACAUAAGUUUAGAUUUUUAAAGUUGGUAGAUAAUUUAUCUCCACUGAUAUUUUUUUAAGAAACUGUGAAGAGAUUAACAGGGCAUAAUUUUAUUUCAGAUUUUACUAAUGUAUGUAGCUAUAACUUCUUGAGAUUAAAGUAAAGGCAAGACUUUUACUUUGAAAAAAUUUCCAUUGUUUCUAGUGCUAUUUCAUUUUAGAAAUAAGUGUUUUACCAUUGGUCUGCAGAGUUGCUUGACAGGGAACAUUACUAAAAAGAAUUCAAAACAUAAGUGUCAUUUUAAGUUCUAUGAAAAUAUCUAUCAAAUGGCUGUGGCAUUAGGAUUCCCUGGUAAUGACUUUUCCUUUGUCUAAGAGGAUGGAUGCUUUCUAGAACACGUGUGUGUUAAGAACUCUGAUGUAAAGAACGUAUUUUGUAUGCAGAAACAAAUAAGUUGCAUUAUUGUUAAAUACACUAUAUUUAGGGAUUCCAGAAAGCAGUUUAAUGCUAAGAUAACUGUAUCUAGUGUGUAGUUCAUAUUGGGAAUGAGCUUUGCUUUUGUAAUAUAUGAAUAAAAAUAACACUUUCUAAUGA